CGGAAAACAGGAGGGGACUUGAGGGUUUGGUGGUGGGCCGCUUACGCAGAGGUCGUGGGUCUCCGCCCGACACUAUGGCGGCUGGCGUCCUACUGGAAAGUAACCGGUAGACGCAAACAUGCCCGAGACGUCGGAAAUGGUUUGAUCAGAUAUAAAUUCGUUGUCAAUUUAGCGUUCGUGGCUAUUUCCGGGUUCGCUUUUAAACGCGCGCGUGCGCUCAUCUGUUCUUUUUUUUUUUUUUAGGGGGCGGGGGGCAAGUCCAGGCAUUUUACCCCCCUCAGCGUUCUCCAUGGAGCAAGUUUGUUUUUUUAUAUCAAAGACUGAGCGUAAGCACAUGAGAAGCAAAACCGUUUUGGUCCCGUCACCUUCCACGUAACGGGCGGUCGUGUAGCCGUCGGCCCUGCGUUGUUUGUGGUGUAGGGGGGAGGAAGGAAUUUCCACAAUGAAGCCCGUGCCGGAGCACCGGGUCUUUGUGCUUUGAGUCGAACCGACCGUGCUACUAUUGUCAACAACCGACACAAAAUGGUGAACGUUGUGAUUUUGAGCCGCUUUUCGACUUAAAUCCAACGAUGCGCGAGUACAAAGUGGUGGUCCUGGGCAGCGGCGGGGUCGGCAAGUCCGCCCUCACGGUCCAGUUCGUCACCGGGACCUUCAUUGAGAAGUACGACCCCACCAUCGAGGACUUCUACCGCAAGGAGAUCGAGGUGGACUCCUCGCCGUCGGUCCUGGAGAUCCUGGACACCGCCGGUACCGAGCAGUUCGCCUCAAUGCGGGACCUGUACAUCAAGAACGGACAGGGCUUCAUCCUCGUCUACAGUCUGGUCAACCAGCAGAGCUUUCAGGACAUUAAGCCCAUGAGAGACCAGAUCAUAAGAGUCAAAAGGUAUGAGAAGGUCCCCGUAAUCCUGGUGGGCAAUAAAGUGGACCUGGAGAGUGAGCGGGAGGUGUCAUCCAGCGAGGGCCAGGCGCUGGCUGAGGAGUGGGGCUGUCCCUUCAUGGAAACGUCGGCCAAAAGCAAAACCAUGGUGGACGAACUGUUCGCCGAGAUCGUGCGGCAGAUGGACUACGCCGCCCAGCCCGACAAGGACGACCCCUGCUGCUCAUCUUGCAAUAUACAAUAGCCAUCCGGGGGGGGGCAAGGUUGGUGCUUAUGGCAGCGACACACAGGCGUGGACUUGGCACACACAUGGGCGCCGCACACACGGCGAUUAAACGAUUGAACACGAUGGAUUCGUAAAAUCAAAGUGACAUUGUUCAUGACGUGAUAGGAUAUCGAGAACUUUAAAAAAAAAAACAUACCCUCGCCUUAUGUUGCUCUCCACGUUUUUAGUCAUCAUCGGCAAAGACUUCCACUGCGGGACCUUCCUUUUUUUUUAAUGUUCUUAAGAUUUACUUUAAUGCAUUUACUGUGAUAACAAACAGUAACUGGUUUUUCGAAUGCCUUUGCUGCAAAUAUGAACAAAGGUUUGGAUUUAUGUACAUUUUGUGCAGUGCUUUUUGGGAGGUUUUUUUUUUUUUUUUCCCUACUCAUUGUUGGGCUGAACCAAAGAGGUGACCUGAAAGCAUUUUAGCUAGUUUUCUCCAAUAUUGUAAAUGGAGAGAAAAAGCAUUUUAGUUUUAACACAGUAACGAUAAACCACAUCGUCUUCCACAAUUGUUUUUUUUUUUAUUCUUAUCGUCUUAAUGAAUCAACAGUCAGUGUUUGAUAAUCCCAACUAGGUACAAUUGAUUCAGUAAUUAUUCGGAAUUAUUUGUCUGUAAAACAAUCCAGGCAUAAUAGAGUGCACUACCUGGUUUCAAUCAGUGGGGGCGUUGUUGAUCACACGAUUUGCAAAAUCUCUUGAAUCACACAACUAGUUUUCUGUCUUGAGAAGAACAAGAUGGCUUACAUCCGUGUUGGGCAUGUUCUGAACAUCCACUGCAGUUAUUAUUUUUUUAAAUUAAUCAUUCUGGAAAGAAACAUUGGUUCAUCAUUCUUUAACUGUAUUUGUUUUGAUUGUAAAAACAGGAGUUCAGCACAUUCAGGGCUAUCUUAUUCCAUUUAUUGGUUGCAAAAACAGGAGUUCAGAACAUCCAAUGAUUAUAUUUGCAGAUUUAUUAUUGGUUGUGGAAAAAAGGAGCUUUGAACAUUCAGUGUUACUUUGCAUCAAUGAAAAUGGGAUUUCAAAACAUUCAGUACUGUUUUUUCUUUUAGUUUGGUUCUGAAAAGAGAAGUUAAAACCAUUCAGUGAUCUUUAGAUGGUCGCGGAAGGAGCUUUGAUGAUUCAGUGUUAUUUUGUCUCAAUUGGUUGCAGGAACUGGAGUUCGACACUUCCAUUUUUUUCCUUCCACGAUCAAUGGGUCAUGAAAAAAAGAAGCUUCAGUGUUAUUUUUUUCAUUCAUUGGUUGUGAAAACAAGAGUUCAGAACAGUCGCUGAUACUUAUUUUUGAUUGUGGAAAAAACAUUUGACAUUGAGAAAUGUCAUCUUCAUUCAUUAGUUUCAGCAACAGGGGUCUGGAACCUUCAAUUUUGUCUAUUAGUUGUUCUUGAGAAAAACAACAACAACAGGAGUCCACAACAUUCAGUGCCAACACUUACCUGCAUAAUUUAGUUCAGAGUAUCCAUAGUAACAACGAUGAUGCUAAACAUUCAAAUUGCGGCGUACCCAUUUUGGAUGCAUUUUAAUUGACACCAGGAAGCAGACGAUUUUUGGUUCCCACCUUGUGUCACCAUAUUGGUUUUCUAUUUUUGUAUUUUAUUUUUUUACAUGUUUCUUCAAUCCUCCUCUGAUUCUGUUAACAUUCGACACUCUGCGUAAUAAAAGUGCUCAACACUUGGA